AUGGGAUUCGGAGAAGAUGGAUUGUUGCAAGUGAGAAAAGAUUUACUACAAGAAUUACAUGCCCAUAUAGAUCACUACAAAAGUUUAUUUGGGGGCCAAGAAAGAGUUGAUGAGUUAACUACAACUUUAGCGUAUUUUGAAUCAAAUGCUGGAUAUAGUCAUUGGAUGACAAUGCUUGACAUGGGUCGUACGAUAUUAUCUUUUUACAAUGUUGUGUUAUUUCACUUAUCUUCUCAACAAUGCUUCACUUCUCUCCCUCUUAUGACGAUCCCAAUGCCGAUUGCAUCUCGCAAGGAGAUAUGUAUCGGGUUCGUCAACAAUAACCAUUUCGUUCAGGUCUUUUUGGUGCAUGGUCACCUGGUGCCACCUAUAGCAACGAAUUGGCGACGUUACCAUUUACCUGCUUGUCAGUUUAGUGAGGGUGAGGACGAAGGGGAAGGCGAAGGUGAUAAAUCAAACUUUCUUCAAUGGAUUAUUGCUGUUCCGAUAGAGAGUGUUGUUUCUGUGGAGAGUGAUGUUCCAGUAGGGAGUGUUGUUCUUCAUCUAUGUGCUGGCCCUCCAAUAAUUGUGUCACUUGUUUGA